AUUGCAUAGUAUCAUAAAUAGCCACCCCAAGUAUUACCCAGCCCCCAGGAGAGUUUAUAAACAAAUACAGCUCUUUGGUCUCAUCCUCCAUACUGAGACAUACCAUAAGACCAAUAAGUUGAUUCAAAAUCUCGCUAUUAAUACCUUGGCCUAAAAAAAGUAAUCUUUCUUGAUAAAGUCGGUUGGUUAGGGUAAAAUUGUAUUCCUUAGGAACCGUACAUGCACCUUUUGAUUCAUACGGUUCAAAAAAAUUGUGAAUCAAUGUAUAGAUUCCUGUCCUCUUUCUUUUUUUCUAGAAAGGUUCUUUCUUACAUCUAACGGAAGGUUUUUUCUUUGAUUUUUCAAUAAAGAGGAGUUUUGACUCCUUUUUUAUAUUUCUAUUUUCGAUUUUCCAGUAUAAAAUUAGAAGUUAUAAGAAAGGGUCAUUAAACUUAUCGAAUUAACUUCUCAUUGAUGUAUUCUUUCAUCGAGAUUUAAUCCAAACCGCGAUGGUAUUUUCUUGUUCCUGAAUGGGUCUGUUUCAUCUUUUUAGGUUUAUGCUCUACUCCGGGUAAAGAUCCGCCCGAUUUGGAUUUGUACAUAUAGGACAAAUGCUCCCAUUACCAUUUCUUUUUGUAUUUCUUUUUUUUUUUCAAUUCAUUUUAUACAAGUAUUUAUUAGAGUUGAGAUAACUUUGCUUGACAAUUAGGAUCUCUUUACAAAUUACAAAGAAAAAAUAUGAAUAGCAAUCAUAGAUAUCUUACCAAUCCAAUUGGGUUUUUUCUAAACGGAGCCUGGAUACUUCAUUUUUUUAGUCCAACCAAGCCAACCAUAAAUUAUUCUAAUUGAUAAUAGUAAUAUGAAUCCCCUCAAAAAUGGAUCUAAUUGCACUUCACGCUCCAAAUUUUUGAUGAUUCAAUUUAUCGUUUUAUCGUUCUUGGGCGAAACGGGGGAUAUCUCGAUCGGGGGAGAGAACGGGGAAAUACCAUAUGACCCAAUAUAUCUGACAAGUCGCACUAUACGUCAACCCAAAGUGGAUUUGCCUCUCCAGGACCUCGGAAGGGAACUUUCGGAACACCAAUAGGCAUUAAAUGAAAGAAAGAACUAAAUACUAUAUUUCACUUUGAGGUGGAAACGUAACAAUUUUUUUAUUGUCUUUAGAAUAUUCAUAUUGGUUCUUAUCGUAUUUAUUUUAUCCAUAGAUUCUAAAAAUUCAUAAAGAAAGACAGAAUGAAUAAACUCAAAUUAUUACGAAUAGGUCUUUCUAAUGAUAAAUAAGUAUGGACUCAUUCGCUCAUAGAAAAUGAGAUCAACUCCCCCAUUGCGUAUUGGUACUUAUCGAGUAUAGAAUAAAUCUGCUUCUCUUUGUUCCUACGAACAGAAUUGUUCCAUUAUUACCACCAGAAUAGAACACCCUUGAUUCGGAAAUAAUCGACUGAACAAGAGUGGUCCAUAGGAUAGUCAUAUUAUAGUCUUUUCCAAUGCAAUAAAGUUACGUAGUGUCCAUUUAUCUUUGAUAUAAGGGGUAUUUCCAUGGGUUUGCCUUGGUAUCGUGUUCAUACCGUUGUAUUGAAUGAUCCCGGUCGGUUGCUUUCUGUUCAUAUAAUGCAUACAGCUCUGGUUGCUGGUUGGGCCGGUUCGAUGGCUCUGUAUGAAUUAGCGGUUUUUGAUCCUUCUGAUCCUGUUCUUGAUCCAAUGUGGAGACAGGGUAUGUUCGUUAUACCCUUCAUGACUCGUUUAGGAAUAACCAAUUCAUGGGGCGGUUGGAGUAUCACAGGGGGGACUGUAACGAAUCCGGGUAUUUGGAGUUAUGAAGGUGUAGCGGGAGCACAUAUUGUGUUUUCUGGCUUAUGCUUUUUGGCAGCUAUCUGGCAUUGGGUGUAUUGGGAUCUAGAAAUAUUUUGUGAUGAACGUACAGGAAAACCCUCUUUGGAUUUGCCAAAGAUCUUUGGAAUUCAUUUAUUUCUCUCAGGGGUAGCUUGCUUUGGUUUUGGUGCAUUUCAUGUAACAGGCUUGUAUGGUCCCGGAAUAUGGGUGUCCGAUCCUUAUGGACUAACGGGAAAAGUACAACCUGUAAAUCCAGCGUGGGGCGUGGAAGGUUUUGAUCCUUUUGUUCCAGGAGGAAUAGCCUCUCAUCAUAUUGCAGCAGGAACAUUGGGCAUAUUAGCGGGCCUAUUCCAUCUUAGCGUCCGUCCACCACAACGUCUAUACAAAGGAUUGCGUAUGGGAAAUAUUGAAACCGUCCUUUCCAGUAGUAUUGCUGCUGUCUUUUUUGCAGCUUUUGUUGUUGCCGGAACUAUGUGGUAUGGUUCGGCAACUACCCCGAUUGAAUUAUUUGGGCCCACUCGUUAUCAAUGGGAUCAGGGGUACUUCCAGCAAGAAAUAUAUCGAAGAGUUAGUGCUGGGCUAGCAGAAAAUCAAAGUUUAUCAGAAGCCUGGUCUAAAAUUCCUGAAAAAUUAGCUUUUUAUGAUUACAUCGGCAAUAAUCCGGCAAAAGGAGGAUUAUUCAGAGCAGGUUCAAUGGAUAACGGGGAUGGAAUAGCGGUUGGAUGGUUAGGACACCCUAUCUUUAGAGAUAAAGAAGGGCGUGAACUUUUUGUACGUCGUAUGCCUACUUUUUUUGAAACAUUUCCGGUCGUUUUAGUAGACGGCGAUGGAAUUGUUAGGGCCGAUGUUCCUUUUAGAAGGGCAGAAUCGAAGUAUAGUGUUGAACAAGUAGGUGUAACUGUUGAGUUCUACGGCGGUGAACUCAACGGCGUCAGUUAUAGUGAUCCUGCUACUGUGAAAAAAUAUGCUAGACGUGCUCAAUUGGGUGAAAUUUUCGAAUUAGAUCGUGCUACUUUGAAAUCCGAUGGUGUUUUUCGUAGCAGUCCAAGGGGUUGGUUUACUUUUGGGCAUGCUUCGUUUGCUUUGCUCUUCUUCUUCGGACACAUUUGGCAUGGUGCU